AGGAAGCGGAAGUGAGGCUUCCAGGCUGAGAGUGAAGCUUCCAGGCUUUCGGUGUGUUACUCGGCUGUCCUGAAAUCUAGGAAAGUCGUUUUCGUUUCACUUUCCCUGGCAUUCGAGCGCUUCACCCCUGGCGGGUGGGAGUGCAGAGACUGAAGCGCAAGAUGAGCACCAUGUUCGCAGACACGCUGCUCAUCGUGUUUAUCUCCGUGUGUACGGCUCUGCUCGCCGAGGGUAUAACCUGGGUCCUGGUUUACAGGACAGACAAGUACAAGAGACUGAAGGCAGAAGUGGAAAAACAGAGUAAAAAAUUGGAAAAGAAGAAGGAAACAAUAACGGAGUCAGCUGGUAGACAACAAAAAAAGAAAAUAGAGCGUCAAGAAGAGAAACUGAAGAAUAAUAACAGAGAUCUAUCAAUGGUUCGAAUGAAAUCCAUGUUUGCAAUUGGCUUUUGUUUUACUGCCCUAAUGGGAAUGUUUAAUUCUAUAUUUGAUGGUAGAGUGGUGGCAAAGCUCCCUUUCACCCCCCUUUCCUACAUCCAAGGACUGUCUCAUCGAAAUCUGCUGGGGGACGAUACCACAGACUGUUCCUUCAUCUUCCUGUAUAUUCUCUGUACCAUGUCAAUUCGACAGAACAUCCAGAAGAUCCUUGGCCUUGCCCCUUCACGAGCCGCCACCAAGCAGGCAGGUGGAUUUCUUGGCCCUCCACCUCCUUCUGGGAAGUUCUCUUGAAUUUAAGAAGAACCCUAUAAUUCCUGUCAUUCUUUUUAGACACUCAAAUAAGACCGGCAACUAUUUUGUAGCAAGAGCCAUAGGCAGCCUUAGCACUUGGGCCACUUUCUAAUUUUGAGUUAUUUCUAGGUUUUUUUGGAUAUGAUUCGAAUGAGAAUGGCACUCAACAAACAUGAUAGUGCUUUUGGUCACAGAUUAAUUUUUUUUAAACAAGUGUUUUGAUUAGAUAAGCACAGGUGAUGUUUAUGUAAUGAGAAACAAAUUCUUAUUUUGCUUACACAAAUAUUUCUGUGGGAUCAACUUUCAAGUAUGUGCUGUGUGCCAUGUACCAUGGAAGUUGGCUCUCUAUGAGCAUUUAGAGAUCUGGAAGAAAAAUUUAGUUUAUGUAAGUCUUAUUUGGAACAAUUUGUUGUGUGUUUUUUUCAACCCAAAUAUAUGACCUGAGAUCAAUAAAAGAGGCCAAAAUUUUAGCUAUUUCAUCUACAA